CGAAGAUAUCCUGCGACGUCUGCACUGGACGGGGUAAUGCCGUUCAUAUGAAGUUAGCUAACAAGCUAACUCCUUUUCUGUUAUGUUUGUGUUUGCAAUAAGGCUGUUUCUUCAUUUCAAAUAAGUCUCACCCACAGGAUGAUUGACACAGAGAGGAGCACCAGUAAUGCCGGUGCAGCAGAGCCCAGCAGUAAGCACAAGGACACAGAAAAGAAGAAGAGGUCCCGUGUCAAACAGCUGCUGGGCGAUGUGAAGAAGCAAGUGGAGUUCUGGUUUGGAGAUGUCAACCUUCACAAGGAUCGCUUUCUGAAAAAACUCAUUGAUGAGUCAGACAAUGGAUAUGUUGAUUUAUCUGUGUUGGCGAGCUUCAAUCGAAUGAAGAAGCUGACAUGUGACACCAAGCUGAUUGCGAGGGCGCUGAAAAAUUCAUCUGUCGUCGAGGUUAACCUAGAGGGAAAUAAAGUAAGGCGUCAGCAUCCGAUUGGAGAAGUACCAAAGGAUGUUGACAGCCGCACAGUCUAUGUGGAACUUUUGCCCAAGGAUGUGACACACAGCUGGAUAGAGAGAGUGUUUACAAAAUGCGGGAAUGUGGUUUAUGUUAGCAUCCCCAGAUACAAGUCCACUGGCGACUCCAAGGGUUUUGCCUUUAUAGAGUUUGAGACGGUGGAACAAGCACAGAAAUCCAUAGAGAUGCUCAACAAUCCUCCUGAAGAUGCUCCCAGGAAGCCAGGGAUUUUCCCAAAGACGAAAAAUAGGAAGCCCAUCCCUCUGCCAGCCGAUAAUCCACCAUCAGGGGAAGAAGAAGAAAAGAAAAAGCGGAAGAAGAAGAAAAAGAAAGAGGGUGCCACAGUACAGGCUCCUGCCGAAGAAGCCAAAGAGCAGGCGAUGGAAGCAGAGUCGUCAGAGCAAAAGAGGAAGCACUCAGUCGGGGGAGAUUUUGAAUCAGACAGCUCUGGCACCCAGAAGACAGCGGGCAAACUGUCAGAGAAAAAAAGACGACGGUCACAGACAGCAGAUGGAUCUGAAAGUGACGUACCAUCUAAAAUAAGAAAGACAAGUGAAAGUGAAGCUGGAGAGAAGGAGAAGGAUCUAACAAAGACUAAUCCGCCCACUAAAAGUGACGCAGAGAGAGGUGUUGAGGAAGGCAAAGAAAACAGAGAUGAUUCAACAGUCAAGGCAAAGAGGAAGAGAAAAAAGAAACACAAGGAGAAACUUAAAAUUGGGGAAGAAGUUAUCCCACUGCGGGUUCUGUCAAAGAAAGAGUGGCUGAAACUGAAGGAUGAGUAUCUGACCUUGCAGAAGCGCAGCAUGAACUCCCUGAAGAGGUGCAUUUAUAAGAUUGAUCACACGGAGGACAAGAGUCGAAUGGACACAGACGAUCAUCCUCCAGCUGAGAGCACAGAAAAGGAUGACAAAAGUGAGAAAGCGACUAACCAAGGCCCUCAGUUUACCAGUGGUGUCAUCAUGAAGAUCACAGACAACAAGCCGCUACCAGGGAGGAAGUUCAUCAAAGAUGCUCUGAGCAAAAUAUCCCCAGUGGCGUACAUUGACACCUUGGAAGGAGAUGCUGAGGGUCACAUCCGCUUUCACACCCCCGAGGAAGCUCAAGCCGUCAGCGACGCCAGCGCAGAGAUACAGAAAGAGCACAGCUGGAAGCUUGAGAUUCUCUCAGGUGACAGUGAACAGAGGUACUGGCAGAAGAUCCUGGUGGACCGCCAAGUGAAGCUGAAUCGUCCAAGGGAAAAGAAGCGUGGUACAGAGAAGCUCAUAUCCAAAGCUGAGAAAAUCAUUCUGGCCCGGGCCAAGGAGGCUCACAAGCACAUCCGUUUUCAAGACGACUGACAGCUGCUGAAACUAUUUUUUUUGACAACUACACGUUUAACUGUGUAGACUUUACAUGAUGUGAUUUGAAGGGGACAGUUGGUGUUAGCACGUACUUAGCUGGAAGAGAACUGAAAGGAAACUUGAGUCAGAGUAAACUAAUUAAAAACGUCCCCUUGAUUUUUGUUUGCACUGGAGCGCCCAGGAUUAUGCAGACGGCUGCUGAGCAUGUAGAUAGUUUGGCAACAUUUUUUUUAAUUGAACCCCCCUCCUUUUUUUUUUUUUUUAAUAAAUAAAGAUUCUGUAUAUGAUGUAAAUAUGGCUGAUUUAAAUGUUCUCCCAGUG